GUCCGCGAUGAGCCAAUAGGAGGCCGUUGCCAGCGCCGCUCGCUGUGAUUGACAGCCCGUCGUCCAAUGAGAUUACGAAGCUCACUGGGGGCGACGCGGGGGCCGCACUGCAUCAACACAAAGCACCUGAACAGCACAAAAGAUGUAUUAUUCAUGUAACAUGUCGGUUUUUAAAUUCGCUAUAUGUUAUAUUAAUGCGUAAAUACACCCAAAAAUAGCCGUCUUUGUCAUUAUUACUUUUAUUCCUUAGCAGAAAACCGCGGAGGAGCUCCUUGCUCUGUGAUUGGCUACUUGUUGACUCCUUGCUCUGUGAUUGGCUACCUGUUGACUCCUCGCUCUGUGAUUGGCUACCUGUUCACCGCUGUUGGUGCCCGUCAAUCAAACAAUUAGCGGGAACGAUUUUAUGUUUGCAAUGGCCUGUGCAACAUUACAGCAAGUGAGAACUUCACAGGAUAAUCAGCUGUUGCCUAAUCAGGUUCUGUCAGAGCAGCAGUCCUUGGUUGUUAUAAAGAAGCUCCUGGCCAUCGCAGUGUCUGGCAUCACAUACCUUCGGGGCCUUUUCCCAGAGAAAGCCUACGGGAGCAAAUUUGUUGAAGAUCAGAAAGUGAUGAUCCUUAGAGAGGAGCGCAGCUGUCCUGGUGCAAGUCAGAUUGUUCAAUGGAUGCAGGGCUGCUUUGAGGCCAUUCAGAAGAAGUAUCUGCGGACAGUUAUUAUGUCUAUCUACACUGACCCAGAGAACCCCCAGAAAGUGACUGAGUAUUACCAGUUUAGGAUCCAGUACACAGCAAAAGGAGCAGAGAUGGACUUUGAAAGCGUCAACAAUAACAACAAGGUUUCGAUGUCAUGUGGCAACACCAAGAAGGCCAGCAUCUUGUUGGUGCGGAAGCUCUACACUCUGAUGCAGAACCUGGGUCCUCUGCCUGACAAUGUGUGCCUCAACAUGAAGCUGGCUUACUAUGAAAAUGUAACUCCUCAGGACUACCAGCCGCAAGGCUUCAAGGAGGCUGACGGCGACACCGUGGAGUUUGAGAAGGAGCCGGUCAAACUCACCAUGGGCGAGGUGGUCACUCCCUUCCACACUCUGAAGUUGGACAUGGCUACAGAGAGACAGAGACUGGAGCAGGUGGAGGAGAGAGUUCAUAUCACGGAGAAGUGGACUCUGAAGAUGGAGGAGGAUGGUAUCCUGUCACAGAGUCAUGUGAUUGAAGACGUGGAGAAGUCUGACAACGAGAACACAGACUUGGACAACACUGAGAUCCAGAUGAGCUGUCAUGAGAAGAUCGAGAGUUGUGAGGAAGCCACAGAGAUGGACGCUCUUGUGAAGAGGACCUCCGACAUUGAGGUGGGACUGAAGAGGACCAGGAGUGGACGGGUCAUCAAGGCGACUACGGAAACAAACCUGACUGCGAACAACAAGAAGUCGACUGAUGUGAAGGACAAAGCGGUUUCUCAGUAUGACAUCCCCAACAGCCAGGAAACGCCGUCCACCUCCGCGCCUAAGAAGAAACGCAAAUUCAGCGAGCCCAAAGAACGCUUCUGACCUCACAUCCCACUGCUAACACAGCAGCACUGCUGCAUUGGUUUCCACUGAUGUUUUUUAAGUCUCAAUUUUGAUUGCAACAAGUUACAUAUCUGUUUUUUAAAAGGAAUUCCACUCCUUUUAGCAUUAAUUUGGGGGUUGUGAUAUUAUUGUUUGUUUGCUCUACAGUUUGUAUGAACGCACAAUGUGGACAAUUUGCUUAUUUAAAGUUAAAAUACAAUUUUCUUCAUUAACACAGUAUUUAAGUUGACUUCCAAUGAUGUUUUACUGUUUUCAUUCUAAGUUACUUGUCUACAAAGCAGGAUUUCAUACUUGAAUAAAAUAAAAAAAAUGCAUCCAGUGUCUUCUGA